AUGGAUACCUGCAGGGUACGAGCCUGGGUGUUCCUGGUCCUGUUAUGGCAGGGCGGCUGUUUGGCAUCACAGUUUCCGACACAGCUCAUGAUUAAAGAAUGGGUUGAACAGAUGCAGAAAGAGCUUGUAACCCUGGCAGACUCGGCCACAGCUGGGAACAGCCUCACUCAGAUUUCUGAGAACCAACACCUGUAUACUGUGGAGCAAAAUGACGCAGAGGAGCUGGUGGCAAGAGCAGCCAGGAAAAUUGAACAGCUGCUGCGGAAGAGGUCUGCUGCCUUGGAGAAACUGGCCACAUCUGCUGAGAUAUUCCAAAUGGAGCAUUCGUGGAAAGACGAGUUUGAGGGUGAUGAAAUGUCCUACUACAACGCAAAGGACAACCUGGAUGCAAAUGAGACAGAGGGAAGAAAAUUUAGGAUUCGACCCGACUAAGAGGACCCAGCGUUUAAGCGUUUGACUGAUCACAACCACACGGCUGUCCACAUCCCUACUGACAUUUAUGAUGGUUCCACCAUUGUGCUGAAUGAACUGAACUGGUCGGAUGCAUUGGAGGAAGUGUUUAGAAAGAACAGAGAGGAUGACCCGACCCUUCUCUGGCAGGUGUAUGGCAGCGCUACGGGCCUGGCUCGCUACUAUCCAGCUUCUCCCUGGAUGGAUGCUCGCAAGACCCCCAGUAAAAUUGACCUGUAUGAUGUCCGCAGGAGGCCAUGGUACAUUCAAGGAGCUGCCUCACCCAAAGAUAUGCUAAUCCUUGUGGAUGCAAGCGGGAGUGUGUCUGGCUUGACUCUCAAACUGAUCAGGACCUCAGUCAGUGAGAUGCUGGAGACUCUGUCUGAUGACGACUACGUCAAUGUAGUUUAUUUUAACACCAGGGUGAAGAAGACGGCGUGUUUUGAACAUCUGGUUCAAGCCAACGUGAGGAACAAGAAGCUACUGAAAGAUGCUGUUCAGAACAUCACAGCCAAAGGAAUUACAAACUAUACGAAGGGCUUUGAGUUUGCUUUUGAGCAGCUCUCUACGACUAAUGUGAGUAGAGCAAACUGCAACAAGAUCAUCAUGCUGUUUACUGACGGAGGAGAGGAAAGAGCUCAGGCCAUACUAGAGAAAUACAAUGCUGAGAAAAAGGUGAGGAUCUUCACCUUCUCAGUCGGACAGCACAACUAUGAUAAAGGACCCAUUCAGUGGAUGGCCUGCUCCAACAAAGGUUACUUCUAUGAGAUUCCUUCCAUCGGAGCCAUCCGAAUAAACACACAGGAGUACCUAGAUGUUCUGGGAAGACCAAUGGUUCUGGCAGACAAACAGGCCAAACAAGUCCAGUGGACUAAUGUAUACCUUGAUGCUCUGGAACUGGGUCUGGUCAUUACAGGAACACUACCAGUUUUCAAUAAAACAAAGACCAGAGAUGACAGGAAUGGCGAGCACCAGAAUCAGUUGAUUCUUGGCGUAAUGGGGAUUGAUGUGUCUCUGGAUGACAUCAAGCAGCUCACACCACGCUUCACUAUUGGUCCAAAUGGGUACUACUUUGCCAUUGAUCCCAAUGGAUAUGUCCUGCUGCACCCCAAUCUUCAGCCAAAGAAUCCUAAAUUCCAGGAACCUGUUACCCUAGACUUCCUCGAUGCUGAGCUGGAGAAUGACAUCAAAGUGGAGAUCAGAAGAAUGAUGAUUGAUGGUGAUACAGGUGAACGUACCAUUAACACACUGGUGAAAACCCAGGAUGAGAGGUACAUAGAUAGAGGGGUCAGGACCUACACGUUUGCACCGGUCAAUGGAACAGAUUACAGCCUGGCUCUUGCCCUGCCCAGAUACAGUGAACACUUCAUUCAAGCCAAACUGGGAGGUGACAUGAAGAGAACUAUGUCUUCUUCUUGGGCCAUGGAAACCAUACAGCAGGAGAGGUUUGAUGAGUUUGGUUACACCUACAUUGCUCCCAGGGAGUACUGCAAAGAGCUGAAGUUGUCACUCAACAACACCCAGUUUCUCCUCGACUUCAGCCAGCACAUUGAUAACAACACUACAGAUGCAUGUAAUGUGUCCCUGGUGAAUCGACUAAUCCUGGAUGCAGGUCUGACAGCUGAACUGGUUAAACUUUGGAACGAACAGCCAGUGGAUGGAGUAGUGGCCAGAUUUGUAGCCACAGAUGGAGGAAUCACACGAGUCUACCCAAGAAGUGCGGGGGAAGAGUGGACUGAGAAUCCUGAGACAUAUGAGUCCAGCUUCUACAAAAGGACCUUGGAUAAUAAAAUGUAUAUUUUCACAGCUCCAUCUUUUAACCCAGAGGGCCGGGAGCCUGUUACUGAGUCAGGUAUUAUAGUGAGCAAAGCAGUGGAACUCAGGUUUGAUGAAGUCACGCUCAAACCAGCUGUGGUGGGAGUGAAACUCAAUGUCUCCUUCUGGAUGAGCAUUUUCAUGAAUGCUACACUGAAGCUGAAUUGCAAGGAUGAGAUUUGUGGCUGUCUGAGGAAUGACAAGCAUGUAGACUGUGUCAUCCUAGAUGAUGGGGGAUUCCUCCUCAUGUCCAACCACGAUGAGUAUAUCACACUGAUAGGUCAGUUCUUUGGCGAGGUGGAUCCUGUGCUGAUGAUCAACCUGGUCAACACCUCCCUGUACUCGUUCAAUAAGACCUAUGACUACCAAUCUGUCUGUGACCCAGAGAAAGACAGCAAGGCUGCAGCAGGACGCCGCUCCGUCUAUGUGCCUACCAUUGCAGACAUGCUCAGUAUUGGCUGGUGGGCCUCCAGUGCAGCCUGGUCGAUACUCCAGCAGCUCAUCUUUGGUCUUAUGUUCCCCAACCUUCUAGAGGCAGUGGAGUCAGCAGAUGAUGACAUACCAGAUGCCAUGUUUAAGGAAAGCUGCAUCACAGAGCAGACCCAGUACUUCUUUGAUAAUGAUGAAAGUUCCUACUCAGGUGUCCUGGACUGUGGAAACUGUUCCAGGAUGUAUCGUGCCGAGAAACUGCCAAACACCAACCUAGUGUUCCUGAUCACCGAUGCCAAGGCAACAUGUUUGUCAUGUGACCCCAGGCCGCUACGGCAGGCUGAACAGCCCUCUGAAGGUCCAGAUCCGUGCGAGCUGGCUCAGAAUCCUAGAUACCGCAAAGGGCCGGACGUAUGUUUUGACAACAAUGAAGACGAUGAGCCCUUGUGCCCAAUCAGCAGAGGUUCUCCAUUAAGCGUCACACCUCUCUUGUUGUUUCUGGUGCUGAGUUCAGGGAAGAUGAUUCUGACUGUGGAGGAGGGACCUGCCUAA